AGCAUGGAAUCCAGAAACCACACAGCUGUUCCAGAAUUCCUUCUCCUGGGACUGACAGAUGACCCAGCCCUGCAGCCCCUCAUCUUCAGCCUGUUUCUGUGCAUAUAUCUCGUCACUGUGCUUGGGAACCUGCUCAUCAUCCUGGCCAUCUCCUCUGACCCCCAGUUCCACACCCCCAUGUACUUCUUCCUCUCCAACCUGUCCUUCACUGACAUCUCUUUAAGCACCAUCACGGUCCCCAAGAUGCUGGUGAACAUCCAGAGACAGAGCAAGACCAUCAGCUACACAGGCUGCCUCAGCCAGAUUGGCUUUGUCCUGAUUUUUGCUGGAUUAGAAAACAGUCUCCUUGCUGUAAUGGCUUAUGACCGCUAUGUGGCCAUCUGCCAUCCACUCAGGUAUACGGUCAUCAUGAAGCCCCACUUUUGUCUCCUGCUGAUUGUGUUGUCCUUGUCCAUCAGCAUUGUGGACGCCCUGCUGCACAGUCUGAUGGUGCUGAGGCUGUCCUUCUGCACAGACCUGGAGAUCCCCCAGUUUUUUUGUGAACUUGCUCAGGUGUUAAAGGUGGCCUGUUCUAACACCUUCAUCAAUAAUGUCCUGAUAUAUCUUGCAGCUUGCAUAUUUGGUGGUGUUCCUCUCUCUGGAGUCAUUUUCUCUUAUACUUAUAUUGUAAUCUCUGUCUUAAAACUUCCAUCAUCAGAAGGAAAGUAUAAAGCCUUUUCCACCUGUGGGUCUCAUCUGUCUGUUGUCUCCUUGUUCUAUGGGACAUUGUUGGGUGUGUACAUUAGCUCUUUAGUUACUGACUCCUCCAGGAAAACUGUAGUGGCUUCUGUGAUGUACACUGUGGUCCCUCCAAUGCUGAACCCCUUUAUCUACAGCCUGAGGAACAGGGACAUGAAGGAGGCCUUGAGGAAACUCAUUGUUAGAACAGCUUCCCUUCAUUGA